AACACACACAGUGAGUAAUCAUGGCGGUUAGGACCAAAUACGCCAAGAACACAUCAUCCUUCAUCGCUCUAAACCCAUCGUUUUUCUCGCAUUUGCUCUCCCUUUCUCCCUUCAAUUCCAUGCAAAUCUCUCCCAGGAAGGCUUCUAAUUCCACUUCAUCAAGAAGAUCCACCAGCUACCUCUCCCUCAUCCUCCUCUUCCUCCUCGUCUCCGCCGCUUUCCUCGCCAUUUGCACCCUCACUUUCGCCACUCUAUGGCGCAACUCAAUUUCCUGCUCCGCGAUUUCGUCCCUGGGGGCCCGAGAGUACGAUCCUUUCUUCGCGAUUUCCACGAGCGCCGCCGCCGCCAUGGUGCCGCUGCCGCCGCAGAGGAUCGGCGUCGCCGGGAACGUCUCCGGCGAAGAGAGGGAGUUCUGGCAGCAGCCGGAAGACGAAGGAUACCGCCCCUGCCUUCAUUUCAGUUACCAGUACAGGAAAGCGGCGGCGGCGAUUGCCAGAGAGAAGCGGCGGUUCUUGGUGGUGGUGGUUUCCGGCGGGCUGAAUCAGCAGCGGAAUCAGAUCGUGGAUGCGGUUGUCAUUGCCAGAAUUCUCGAAGCUUCGCUUGUGGUUCCUGUUCUUCAAGUUAACCGCAUAUGGAGAGAUGAAAGUGAAUUUUCAGAGAUUUUUGAUGUCGAACAUUUCAAGAAGGUCUUGAAAGCUGAUGUUAGGAUUGUGUCUUCCUUACCAUCCUCACAUUUAAUGUCCAAGCAGACAAUUGAGAAUCAGAUUCCGUUUCAUGUUUCGCCUAUUUGGAUUCGAGCCAGGUUCUUCAGACAACUGAACAGAGAAGGGCUGCUUAUAUUGAAAGGGUUGGAGUCUAAGCUCUCCAAGAAUCUUCCACCUGAUCUGCAGAAGCUUCGGUGUAAGGUAGCCUUUCACGCGCUGAGAUUUGCAGGUCCAAUUCAGGAUCUUAGCAAUAGGAUUGCUAGAAGAAUGUGGGAUGAAGGGCCAUAUAUUGCCAUCCAUCUCCGGCUGGAGAAGGAUGUGUGGAUCAGGAGUGGAUGCCCGGCUGGUUUAGGCGCGGGGUAUGACAGGAUCAUCAGCAAGGAAAGGGAGUCUCACCCUGAGUUCCUAACUGGCAAGUUGAACAUCACAAAUGCUCAGAGAAGACUUGCAGGGUUGUGCCCUCUAAAUGCCUCGGAAAUGGCAAGACUCCUCAAGGCGUUGGGGGCACCACGCAAUGCACGAGUAUAUGUCGCAGGAGGGGAGCCAUUCGGUGGAAAACUGGCGCUGCAGGCUCUGCAGGAAGAGUUCCCGAACCUGAUGAGUAAACACACGUUGGCGCGAGAGGAUGAGCUCACACCCUACUUGAGCAAAGCUUCUGUGUUGGCUGCAAUCGACUACAUUGUGUCCUUGAACAGCGACGUUUUUGUUACCUCCCAUGGCGGGAACAUGGCCCGAGCCCUGGAGGGACACCGCGCAUAUUUAGGACAUAGGAAGUAUAUAAAGCCAAACAAGCGCAUGAUGUUUCCCUACUUGGAUUAUGCAUUCAUCUCAGACACAGAAUUCAGUAGCAUGAUGAGGAAACUUCAUAAGAAAUGUCAGGGGCAACCUCAGCCCAGGACUAAUAAGAGGGAUAGAGAUGUAUUGGCAUAUCCUGUGCCUGAGUGUAUGUGUAAAUAGCAUAAAAGAUGUAAAUCUAUCAAACUCAUCAGCUCACUGAGUCUGUGACUUGUAAAGCAAAUGAAAUAGAGUUGU